AUGCAAAGCUUUCGGUAUCAGAGAGAGACUAUUCGUCUCUUCGAGAACAAGCAUCCUAUGGACUGUGCUACUUUUGAUACAGACGAUGACACCGGCCAAGGUAUACGAUUUACAUCGUCGAGACUUCUAUCUAUCAACCAAAACCGUCGCGUAGAGGAAGGAAUAGCUGUUUUUGGUGAUCCAGCUCGGAGAGCAAAGAGCUAUCCGGUCGUUAUGAAGACCCUUUACUUCGGUUCUAAGCAGCAACAGCAAGAGGCAGUAAGGGAAUUUAUGUUUCACCAAGCUCUCCAGCAUCCCAAUUUGGUCCGCUGUCUUUGUACCUCACAGGAGGGGAGCGAGCUAAAGAUCCUUCUUGAGCACUGUAAGUACUACGACCUUGACCACUACACUGGCGUAUUCACUGCAUACACCGCAGGUCGCAUCGUUGCACAGCUUUUUAGUGUGCUUCAUUACCUCCACACUCUCCCUUACUCGUCUCUUUUCUUCGUACACGGAGACGUGAAGAGGAGCAACUGCUUUCUGGAUCAAGACCGGGACCAGAAACUAGGAGACUUUGGGAGCACACAUUUUCAAAGGUAUGAUGCAGCGUCUUUACAACAAGUUCCAGCAGAGGGUCACCACGGUGUGACACGAAGCUAUCUACCUUACUUUCGAGACGGCACCCCAGUCGUGAGCCAGUGCACAGAUAUCUGGGCAGCCACUCUCGUUAGCAUCUCCAUCUUGGGUGACCUAACGUCAUUCUUUCAAUUCACCAACUCUGCCUCUCUCACACAUUACUUGCAGAACUACCAUAUCGACCUUCUAGACGCUCUCAGUGGGCACGACCCCCGUUAUGCGGAGUUUCUUCUGUAUUUCAGCACGGACGAGGCCAUUGAAGCAUAUUAUAGUUCUCGCUCCACUGAUCACGAUGCUGUUCGCGCACGACUCAGGGCUUUUAUGUGUUUGCCUCCAGUGAGGAGUUUUCUAUCGGUGACGCCCCUCUUUUCAUCAUUGAAUAACCAGGAGGUACCCUUUUUCAUACGCGAAGAAACAGCCAGCGGGUUUACAAAGCUCCAUCGUGCAUAUACAGAGAAGACCUUACUCACUUUAGCAGCUGCUCAAACCGGGACCGGACCAUCCUCAUCAUUGACGCCCGAAGGGGUGACGAAGAUAACUUCUCGCACAGUGUAUUUUACCAGUGAUCAUGCAACGGUUCAUUCAGAUCCGUUUGUUAUGUCUCUGUGUGGAGAGAUAGAGGCCAUGAAUCUUUGUCCUAGACUCCUGGAUUGGCUGAUUAGAUUGGCGCUUAAAUACAUUGAGUCACCAGAAGAAUUCAAGGCUAUUUGGUCGUCGAUGUACACGGAGUUGGUCACAAUUACUGCUGGGAAGUCCAUGUUCUCAGAGGUUAGUUCUCCGCUAGCUCAACAAGACGAUCUUAUUAGUGACUCAUUUGGGAGAGAGCGUGCAUCGUGCUUUCAACUGUCUGAUGAAUUUGAUCUUAUUCAGAUCGCCCUAUCCAACGCUGGUGUCCAAAAUGCCUCAUAUGUAUGGUCUCUUAUUAUGGAUUAUGUAAUCCUCUGUCCAGAGCCCCGAGAGGACCUUUUAAGUAGAGGACUUUGCGUCCAGCCAGAGUUGUCAGAUGCUGGAAGAAAAAUUCAAUCUGAAAAGGAGGUAGUUUUAGAGCAGACCUAUGCAACCCGUGGAGGAGCCUCAGGUGCCAGUAUCAUUUACGCGGGAGGAACUGAACCGAAAGGUGACUGCGUUGCGGAAGGAGGCCGCUGA